CUCUCUCUCUCUCUCUCUGAAAAUUCAACCCUCUCUCUCUCUAGAGCUAGAGUAUUUGAUCCCAACAUGUAUUUCAUUUCAUGAUCCAUCCUUUAUAAUAUAUUGUUUCCCUUCCCAAGAAACAGGCUUCUCAUUUACGGAAGAAAUCGCGAGAGAGAGAGAGAGAGAACAGUUGUUCCUCUAGAGAUGAGGAAGGUUGUCUCAACUCUGUUUCUUCUCUUUCUUGCGUUGAAUUGCUUUGAAAAGCUCGGAUCCGAAGCUCAACGGCUGGAUGCUAAAGAAGUUGAGGCGCUUCGAGCAAUCUCAGACAAGUUAAAGAAGAGAGAUUGGGAUUUCAGCGUUGAUCCUUGCAGCAAGACAAGUUCGUGGGUCAGGGAAACGGUGCCGAAGUCCACCUACGCAAACAACGUUUCAUGCAACUGCAACUCGACUGUUUGCCAUGUCUUUUGGGUAGAGCUGAAGGGUCAGAACCUAACUGGAUUUAUACCUGACGAAUUUGCUGAUCUAACCUUCCUAACACAUCUCGAUCUCACUCGCAACUAUCUCAAAGGACCAAUCCCUGCCAGGUGGGCAUCCCUUCGUCUCGUUGAUUUGUCUCUUUUGGGAAAUCUCAUCUCUGGAAAAAUUCCGAAGGAGUUUGGAAAAAUCACGACACUCAAAAAACUGGUCAUCGAUAAUAACGAGCUCCAAGGAUCUCUUCCUCCAGAGCUUGGUAAUUUGCAUGGCUUGGAGGAAUUCAUUGCUAGUUCGAAUUACUUCACGGGAGAAAUACCCCUUACCUUCAGCAACCUGACAAACCUGAUCAUCUUUAGGAUAGAUGGGAACCCCAUCUCCGGUAAGAUUCCAGAUUUCAUCGGGAACUGGAAACCACUCCAAAGACUGGACAUGCAAGGCACGUCUAUGAUGGGACCUAUUCCUUCUAACAUCUCUCUCUUGACGAAUCUAACUGAACUGAGGAUAUCUGAUUUGAGUGGACCGAGCAUGCCUUUCCCUGCCUUGGGGGAUAUGACCAAAAUGCAGAUAUUGGUACUAAGAAAUUGCUUGAUUUCUGGCAAAAUCCCAGAUUAUAUUAAGGACAUGACAGACCUGAAAACCCUAGACCUUAGCUUUAACAAAUUAACAGGAGAAAUUCCAGACGGAUUUUCGGGACUCAAGCAGCUAGAGAAUGUGUAUCUUACUAGCAACAUGCUGACGGGGGACAUACCCUCUUGGGUCCAAGUAAGCGACAAGAACUUGGACUUAUCGUACAAUAAUUUUACUGGGCUCCCUCCUCCAAACGAAUGCGGAGAUAAAAGUUUGAAUUUUGUGGCUAGCUAUUCAUCUAUAAAGAACAAAUCGGUUCCAGCAUGCUUAAGAAGGAGCUACCCCUGCGCUGCUGCGAAAGCACAGAACUAUAACUUAUCCAUAAAUUGUGGCGGUGAGAAAUGGGAAGAUUAUGAAGCUGAUACAGAUAAUGAUGGGGAGUCUGCAUUCUACCCCUAUGGUGAUAAAUGGGCAUAUAGCAGUACAGGGGACUUUACCGGCGGCGACAAAGUGUUCAUUGCAAAAACUCCAUCUAUUUCCAAUCAAGAAUUGUAUAGAACAGCUCGUCUGUCACCUCUCUCCCUCAAAUACUAUGGGAUUUGCUUACAAAAUGGAAAUUAUACAGUCCAAUUACAUUUCUCUGAAAUAAUGUUCAACAAUGACGAAACAUUUAGCAGUGUUGGGAGGCGCAUAUUUGAUGUAUCAAUCCAGGGAAAGAUUGUAUUGAAGGAUUUCAACAUCGAAAAGAAUGCUAGUGGUGUUGGCAUUCCAACUAUUAUCAAUUUUCGUGCCACUCCUGUGACCAACAAUACUUUGGAGAUCCAUUUAUAUUGGGCUGGGAAAGGGACCAAUGCAAUUCCUGUGGGAGGUGUAUAUGGACCUCUAAUUUCAGCUAUUGAAGUGAAUCCAGAAUUUGAACCUGAUAGAGGUGACAGUGGGAGUGACAGUGGGCUAUCUGCUGGAGCAAUCGUCGGCAUCGUAGCUGGUUGUUGCAUUAUUGUUGGACUGAUAAUUUUGGUAUUUCUUCAGAUGAAGGGUUGCUUAGGAGGAAAGGACCUUGUGGACAAAGAACUCCAAGGUCUGGAGUUACAAACAGGUUAUUUCAGGUUAAGACAGAUAAAAUCUGCCACCAAUAACUUUGAUCCUGAAAAUAAGAUAGGUGAAGGUGGAUUUGGGCCAGUUUACAAGGGUACUCUUCCAGAUUGUUCCAUAAUCGCAGUGAAGCAGCUCUCAUCCAAGUCAAAGCAAGGGAACCGUGAAUUUGUCAAUGAGAUAGGCAUGAUCUCUGCUUUGCAGCACCCAAACCUUGUGAAGCUUUUUGGAUGCUGUAUUGAAGGGAACCAGUUGUUGCUGAUAUAUGAAUACAUGGAAAAUAAUAGCCUUGCCCGUGCACUAUUUGGUCCUGAGGAUCAACGCUUGAAACUAGAUUGGCGAACAAGGCGUAAGAUUGGUCUGGGUAUAGCAAGGGGUUUAGCCUAUCUUCAUGAAGAGUCAAGGCUGAAGAUUGUUCACAGAGACAUCAAGGCAACCAAUAUUCUGCUUGAUAAGGAUCUCAAUGCUAAGAUAUCCGACUUUGGUUUGGCUAAACUUGAUGAAGAGGAGAAUACCCAUAUCAGCACUCGAAUAGCCGGAACUAUAGGAUAUAUGGCUCCAGAAUAUGCAAUGAGGGGUUACUUGACAGACAAAGCGGAUGUUUACAGCUUUGGGAUUGUUUUACUUGAGAUUGUGAGCGGUGAGAGCAACACCAACUAUAUGCCGAAGGAGGAGUUCGUUUAUCUUCUUGAUUGGGCCUACGUACUCCUUGAGAAGGGAAGCCUCUUGGAACUGGUUGAUCCAGUCCUGGGAUCAGACUACUCAAAAGAAGAGGCAUUGGGGAUGCUGAACUUGGCUCUUCUUUGCACCAACCCAUCUCCUUCUCUCAGGCCCAUUAUGUCUUCUGUGGUUAGCAUGCUUGAGGGACAGAUUUUCAUCCAAGCCCCGACCAUGAAGCCUGCUUCAUUGAGCGACGGUUGGAGGUUUAAGUCCGUUGAGAAGCUCUCUCAGGACAGCCAAAUUCAUAGCAUUUCAAUGGAAGGGCCACGGAUGGAUUCAUCAGUGUCUCUCCAGAGUAAAGAAGAAGAAGCAGAGUCCUCAACAAAAAAACCUCUACCUGAUCUCAUUUGAUAUGAGCAGAAAUUGAUCCAUGCCAUGAGAGGUUUAUAUAUAUAAGCAUCAA